AAUUCCCCUGCAAAUUUACACUUAAAAGCUCAGUUAAAAAAGAAACUCAAAACUCGGAUUUUGACACGGAAUUUAAAGGUUGAAGAUUUUAAGUCCCUCAACGGAACACGAACAAGGAAACGACGUAAAGAAAGGCUCGGAGAAAGGAAGAGACGACUCACAAGGAAAAGAAGGAGAAAACGCCUACCCAAGUUCGUGGUUUCAUCGUUUAACGAAGAACCGUCGCCGUCCAUUAUUCAACCACAAAUCACCACCGAUAUUGAUUUUGUGAAGGUGUUGUCGGUAAAUAUUGUUCCUACUCAGCUCGCCGACAACUUCCGGAAUAAGAAGCCUGAGCCUCAUUGUUUCAGCAAUUUGAUGUGGAAAGUAACGAUUUUGAGAAGUCGGAAAUGGUGUGAGAUUGGUUACUAAAAUUGGGUUUCUUUUUGUUUGGAGAAUUGUGUGAACAAUGGAAUCUAAGAUGGAUCAGUAUGAGAUCAUGGAACAGAUCGGUCGUGGAGCUUUUGGUGCUGCUAUUCUUGUUAAUCACAAGGCUGAGAAAAAGAAAUAUGUGUUGAAAAAAAUCAGGCUUGCUAGACAGACUGAACGGUGCAGAAGAUCUGCUCAUCAAGAGAUGGCUCUUAUUGCAAGAAUCAAGCACCCUUACAUUGUAGAAUUCAAAGAGGCUUGGGUUGAGAAAGGCUGCUAUGUCUGCAUUGUCACCGGAUACUGUGAAGGUGGAGACAUGGCUGAACUAAUGAAAAAGUUAAACGGUGGUUACUUUCCUGAGGAGAAACUCUGCAAAUGGUUCACUCAGUUACUUUUGGCGGUGGAAUACCUUCAUUCAAAUUAUGUUUUGCAUCGCGACCUAAAGUGUUCCAACAUCUUUCUUACCAAGGAUCAUGAUAUCCGCCUCGGAGAUUUCGGGCUUGCAAAGACACUAAAAGCAGAUGAUUUGGCUUCUUCGGUGGUAGGAACUCCAAAUUACAUGUGUCCUGAACUUCUCGCAGUUAUUCCGUAUGGAUUCAAAUCUGAUAUUUGGUCAUUAGGUUGCUGUGUAUACGAGAUGGCCGCUCAUCGCCCAGCCUUUAAAGCUUUUGAUAUGGCAGGAUUGAUAAGCAAGAUAAACCGUUCCUCUAUCGGUCCUUUGCCUCCGUGUUAUUCCCCUUCAUUGAAAAUACUAAUAAAAGGCAUGUUGAGAAAAAGCCCCGAGCAUCGACCAACGGCAUCUGAGGUGUUGAAGCAUCCUUAUUUGCAACCUUACGUCGAUCAAUAUCGUCCGUCUUUCGCUCCUCAAACAGCCUUUUCUCCUGAAAAACCGCUUUCUUCUGCCAAUGAUACCAAAAAACGUAUGGCUGAAAGUCAGAACAGUACCAGUUCAAGUAGUGACAAAGAUAGUUUAAAACCGAAUAAACCGCAUUAUGAAACCGAACCGAACAAAACCGAAACCGAAAAUAACCGAAUUGCAAAUCGGUCGGUUUUGGUUAUGUUUUUUCCAACCGAUGGUUAGGUCGGAUUGGGAAUUUGGGCCCGAAAACCGAUCCAACCCAACCGAUGUCCACCCCUAUUAAGUAGGGUACGGACGGACCCGAUUCAGAUUGAGGGGAAACCGGAUAGCAUUGGCCACUUGGGCCUCUUGGGUUUCGGCCCACCCCUUUUCCAUUAGUAGUAGACGCCCUAAUGGGCCUUACUGGCUUUAAGAGUUUGUUUGCACAAUUUUCUUGAUAUAUUCUCUUCUUUAGUAUGAUUGCUGAUUUGGAUAUAAUUAAUUUAGAACAUGUUUUUAUUUAUUAGUCAAGACUUUAUUACCAUAA